CACUAAAAUUGUAUAAGAAGGUAUUUACUUUCAGUAGUAUAUUGAUAUAGAUACUACCGCAAUGGUAUGUUUUUAACAUUGGCAACAUGUGCGAGUGAGACACUGCGCCCUACCUUUGCUAUUUCAAGUUGACCGUUUUCUCUAGUCUGGUAGGAACACCUUUUUACUUAGUAAUAAGGUUCAAUUUAUUAUGAUAAAAAAAGCUAGAGCUUGCUCCACUUUAUAUCUCCAUGGUCAAAACAUGAAUUUCAUGGUAUUGCAAGUGCAAAAAAGAAAACAAUUUCCAACUUGUCAUCUUUAUUCGUAACUAUCUAUCAUGACCUUGACCUGUUUUUGUCAUGAUCUUCGUAUUGUCUCUUUCUCUAGCACCGCUAAACGUAGAGACAGAAGCUAAACCAUUAACCACUGCAGUUUGUAAAACAAAACGCGAAAAUUUUAAAUCUGUCAGUUAACUGUCAAAUAAAUUUAAGGACGGGCGAUUGCACUGCGACGUUAUUGCUUAUCGAAGUAUAAAUAAAUAUCCGCACGGCAUACAAACUUAACGCGGCGUUAAUAAUUAAUUUGUGUUGAAAGGCCAAAGUCGUUCAACUGGCUAGAAUCGAUGGCGUACUCCUUGUUUACUAAAUAAACGCGUAUUUGCUUUACCUUAGAAUACACCUACCACAUACCUACCAUGGCUACUUCAGAUAAUAGUGACCCUAAGCUGGAAGUGGAGGAGUCUCUGCUGUAUUCUGCGAGACAUGGAGAGCUGAAGGUAGUCAAGGCAUUGCUGGAAGCGAGAAAGGAGGGGAAACUGACCUUCGAUAUAAAUUGCAAAGGCAAAACAAAAAGCAACCUAGGAUGGACGCCGCUCAUAUUAGCAUCAUAUUUCGGGCACGUGGAUGUGGUGGAGGCGUUGUUGGAAGACGGUGCGGAUGUGGACGACGUGAACGAGGCAGGUGACACUGCGCUGCACAAGGCUUCUUUUAUUGGCAAUGAGGAACUAGUGAUCCUCCUCCUAAAACACAAAGCGGACGUGAACGUCAUGAACGGCGAGGGACGUAUGGCCUGUGACGUCUGCAAGACGAGAGACGUUCAGAGACUUUUAGAAGCGGCCCAGCGGUCUGAACGUCAUGAGCGAGAAAGAAAACUGCUCAAUGCUGCGAAAGCGGGACAGAUAGAUGACAUACAGGCGCUGCUAAGCAGUUCAAACCCUCCAAACAUCAACUGCGUAGACGCGCAAGGCAACACGUGCCUCCACUGCGCCGCUUACCGCGGACAUACGCGCCUCGCCGUCCUACUGCUCCAGAAUGGAGUGGAUACUACUCUAAAAAAUAAUAGUGGUCAACUAGCGAUAGACAUGGCGAAAGACCAGGAAAUGCGCGAUGUUCUAAGCGUAAGGCCAGUGCGGAGGUUACAGCGGACGGCGGUGCGGUUCGAGGGGCCAUUGCUUAAGAGGUCGCGGUUUCUCGGCUGGAGGCCGGUUUGGGCGGUGCUCCAGCGCGGCGUGCUGCUGUACUACGGGUCGCGCGCCGAGGCGGCGCGGGACACGGGCCGCUGGCGCUCGCGCAAGUACCUGGACGGCGCCACGCUGAGCGCGCCCGACCGCGAGCCCGCGCUGCUGCUGGCCGCCUUCAGCGACGGCGACCAGCACCGCCUGGCCGUGCCCGUGCAGCCCAGCCAGGACGUCGCCGCCACCAGACAGGUCAGCUACACUACACGGGCCGCUGGCGCUCGCGCAAGUACCUGGACGGCGCCACGCUGAGCGCGCCCGACCGCGAGCCCGCGCUGCUGCUGGCCGCCUUCAGCGACGGCGACCAGCACCGCCUGGCCGUGCCCGUGCAGCCCAGCCAGGACGUCGCCGCCACCAGACAGGUCAGCUACACUACACGGGCCGCUGGCGCUCGCGCAAGUACCUGGACGGCGCCACGCUGAGCGCGCCCGACCGCGAGCCCGCGCUGCUGCUGGCCGCCUUCAGCGACGGCGACCAGCACCGCCUGGCCGUGCCCGUGCAGCCCAGCCAGGACGUCGCCGCCACCAGACAGGUCAGCUACACUACACGGGCCGCUGGCGCUCGCGCAAGUACCUGGACGGCGCCACGCUGAGCGCGCCCGACCGCGAGCCCGCGCUGCUGCUGGCCGCCUUCAGCGACGGCGACCAGCACCGCCUGGCCGUGCCCGUGCAGCCCAGCCAGGACGUCGCCGCCACCAGACAGGUCAGCUACACUACACGGGCCGCUGGCGCUCGCGCAAGUACCUGGACGGCGCCACGCUGAGCGCGCCCGACCGCGAGCCCGCGCUGCUGCUGGCCGCCUUCAGCGACGGCGACCAGCACCGCCUGGCCGUGCCCGUGCAGCCCAGCCAGGACGUCGCCGCCACCAGACAGGUCAGCUACACUACACGGGCCGCUGGCGCUCGCGCAAGUACCUGGACGGCGCCACGCUGAGCGCGCCCGACCGCGAGCCCGCGCUGCUGCUGGCCGCCUUCAGCGACGGCGACCAGCACCGCCUGGCCGUGCCCGUGCAGCCCAGCCAGGACGUCGCCGCCACCAGACAGGUCAGCUACACUACACGGGCCGCUGGCGCUCGCGCAAGUACCUGGACGGCGCCACGCUGAGCGCGCCCGACCGCGAGCCCGCGCUGCUGCUGGCCGCCUUCAGCGACGGCGACCAGCACCGCCUGGCCGUGCCCGUGCAGCCCAGCCAGGACGUCGCCGCCACCAGACAGGUCAGCUACACUACACGGGCCGCUGGCGCUCGCGCAAGUACCUGGACGGCGCCACGCUGAGCGCGCCCGACCGCGAGCCCGCGCUGCUGCUGGCCGCCUUCAGCGACGGCGACCAGCACCGCCUGGCCGUGCCCGUGCAGCCCAGCCAGGACGUCGCCGCCACCAGACAGGUCAGCUACACUACACGGGCCGCUGGCGCUCGCGCAAGUACCUGGACGGCGCCACGCUGAGCGCGCCCGACCGCGAGCCCGCGCUGCUGCUGGCCGCCUUCAGCGACGGCGACCAGCACCGCCUGGCCGUGCCCGUGC